AUGAUGAUUAGAGGGAGAAACAGAGGAUUCAAAUUGGGCAGAAAAUUAAUCCGGGUUUUUAAAUGGGUAACCCGAAAAAGAUCAUAUUCAAGCAAAUACGAGAGAUUAGAAGGUGAAACUCUGCAAAGAAGGAGUAAAACAAUUUCCAGAUUAUGUAAAUGGGGAAAAAAGAUUCAACGUGGUUUGAUCAACUCAGUAACAUCUCGUGGUUAUGUCCGAGUUGGUCAUGACUCAUUAAUCGACUCAAAACCGGUUCAUGUUCCAAAGGGUCACUUGGCUGUACACGUGGAGGAGCCUGAAGGUCAUUUACGACGAGUUGUGGUUCCUGUUCUGUUUCUGAACCAUCCUUUGUUUGGAAAGUUGCUGGAAGAAGCUGAAAAUGUUUAUGGGUUUGAUCAUCCUGGUCAGAUCACUAUCCCUUGUCCGAUUUCGGAGUUCGAGAAAGUUCAGAUGAGGAUCGCCGCCGGAAAAGGCAAAUGCCGGCCUCGGAUUCAGGGGCCGAGUCAUAUUCCCGGCGUGACGUGUCUAUGA